AGAGGCGUCAAUCUUCAGUCGCUGAAUUGCCCAUCCACACAAUCGACAAUUCUCAGCCUGCGUUUACACUUCUCUUUCUUUCCCUAUCGCAACUUGUUUGGUGUCGCCAUCACCAAGUCGUUGGGCUCUUUUGCUCCCAGCACCUCGUCGACGCCUCUUCUCCUCCCUCGCUGUCUCCUCAUCCCACGAUUCUACCAUCUCCACCCUCUCGCCCCGCCAUCAUAGUCACCUCCCAAGUCGCGUAUUCACACUUUCAAAAUCAUGCAUCUGUCCCUUGCCGCAGCAUGAUAUACUCGAGCAUGCCCCGGUAAGACAUUGCAAACAUCCUCUGGCCAACCUCGGUUUCGUCACAACCAUGGCUUUAGAGUCUGCCAGGGAGCGCGAACUCCAUCGAUAUUACCAACCAUGGCUCGACACAUUCCUGUCUUCGCAACGUCAACUUGACAAGACCGAAGCUCGUCCCCCGCUUCGCACCGAUGGUCAUCGUCCUCACUCCUCCCGCGACAAAGCCUUGACCGCAUUUGCCCAACUCGGCUGUUUACGCCUCAACGCUAAAAGAGGCAUCGUCACUCUGGUCGACAGUCGCAAACAGUAUAUCAUCGCCGAGGCCACAAAAUCCCUCUCGCUUCUCGACGACUCCGGAUUCGUUGAAGGUGAUGAGUUGUGGUUUGGCAAUUCCUUCAUCGCUCGCUCUCAUGGCAUCUCCCCUGAUGCCCUGAAUCCCCUUACCGUCACUGUGCAUUCUCAAGAUGGCUCUUCUUCCUAUUCUGCACCGGCUCUGAUCAUCAGCGACGUCUCCAUUGAUCCCAGAUAUUCGUCGCGCGAAUACGCCGGAUCCGGUGUUAGCUUUUAUGUUGGUGUCCCAAUCACCACCAAGUCUGGUCAUGUUAUUGGUGUAUACAAUGUCACUGACGACAAGCCUCGCGAUGGCAUAUCACCCGACGAACUUCGUUUCAUGGUCGACAUGGCCAACAUUGUCAUUCAGCAUCUUGAGGUUGUCAAGAACGACCGUGCGAGAUACCGUGGUGAGCGUCUCAUCCAUGGUAUUGGCAAUUUCAUCGAGGGCACCACACCUCCCUUGUCCGACCGACCAAGCGAUCACCAGCCUCCCCCUGACAAGGCUGCGUCGGGAUAUUUCGAUGACCGUCCAACUUCUGACGGGAAUACGGGCGGUACAUCGCCAGGAGAUCUAGCCUCACCGACAACCUUCAAAGGUUUGAUCAUUGGGGAUGCAAAUUCUCCCUCUCACGAAGAGCUUCAAACACCAAGUCAAGCACCGACCACUUCAGAAGCUCCGGAUCUCCAGCACGCAAAACAACCUAAUUCCAAAUUAGGUUCAUCUACACCACCCAACAACAAGCGCCGUAACCACAUCUCCGGAACUGGAACUAAAAGAUGGUCCAAGCAGCAAGCAUCACGAGAAUUGGCUACUUUGGAGUAUUCCCGCGUCUUCGAUCGUGCCGCCGUCGCCUUGCGUCACUGCAUGAACGCCGAUGGCGUUGUCUUUCUCAAUGCCAGCGUCGCCAAUCUCAGUUCUGGAAGUUCCGGCAAAACAUCGGGUGGCGCAGUUACCAUUCAACACUCGACGAAUAAACACGGCAGACCUGUGUAUCCAGAAGAAGACGUUAGCACACAAGGGCAGGAUCGUCGCCGCAAUAGAGCAGCCUCUGGUUCUGCGAGCCACCAUUCUGAUGAAUCUGUUCUUUCCUCCUCAUCCUCAGAGCUCGACACCAGCGAAUCUUCCGGCUCAAAAAACAACGCCAAAAGGCAGAUCUGCGAGAUUCUUGGGAGUUCGGUUCCGGAUCGGCUGGACCCCAUCAAAGUCCCUGAGGCUACCCUCCGUCGUUUCGUUCGUCGACACCCGACUGGCAAGUCUUUUUCCUUUGACGAAUUCGGCCGGCCUCUGGCGAGUGAUGACAGCUCCGAGUCCGCCUCGAAUGUGCUCGAACCCCUCGAUGACGAUGAAGAAGCUGGCCCUCAGGCAGCCCAAUCAGCAGCCACCCUGCCCACCAAGAAUGCUCUUCACAAAGCCUUUCGCGGAGCCAGGGACAUGGUCUUUUACCCUCUCUGGGAUUUCGCCAAAAACAGGUGGCAUUCAGCCGUCGUCGUCUGGUCCAACAAUGCCGGAGCUCUGACCAAUGUACAGGAGGACAUGUUGUACCUGAAGGCUUUUAACAACGCAGUCAUGAAUGAGGUCCAUCGUAUCAAUCUGAUCUUGUCGAACAAGGCCAAAGCAACCUUUUUGGCCAACAUUUCGCACGAACUACGAUCGCCUCUUCAUGGGAUCCUCGGGAGCAUCGAAUUUCUUCACGAUACAGUCAUGGACGAUUUCCAGGCGGGCAUGGUUAUCUCCGUCGAGACCUGUGGCAAGACAUUGCUUGACACCGUGAAUCAUGUUCUGGACCAUGCCAAGAUUAACAAUCUGUCCAAAAAUGCAAAUCGCCAUCUUGGCCAUGCUAGCAAUCGGGGGACUGAGCAGGCGUCCAAUUCAGAGAGUAGCUUGACAGAAGAAUUUGACGUAGCCACCGUCAUCGAGGAGGCUGUAGAAGCAAUCUAUGCUGGUCAGGUCUUCCGCUCGGCCAACGCAGACCGAAUCGAUGGCAAGAAGGAGCCCAUGUCGGCUGCGGCUCGCGCUAUGCGUGAUCGAGACGAAGUGCGGAGCGACAUCCGCCAGUCAUCAGCUUCGAACAAAAGCGUCGCCGUGAGAUUGACGUUGAAUAUCCUCGAAUCCAGCAAUUGGAAUGUACGAUCCCAACCUGGGGCCUUGCGACGUAUUGUCAUGAACAUUUUGGGCAAUGCGCUCAAGUACACGGUCCAAGGAAGCAUCAACGUCGAUCUCACGAUCGACGGGACGCGGAAAAAGAGCUCAGACAUCCUGCACCUUGUCCUCACGGUCACAGACACCGGGAGAGGCAUGUCGGAGGAGUUUGUGCGAAAUCAUGCUUUCACAGCCUUUUCACAGGAAGACUCACUCGCUAGUGGAACCGGGCUCGGCUUGAGCAUUGUGCGACAGAUUGUCGAUUCACUGGGAGGCAAGAUCCAUUUGUCGAGUCAGAAGGAUGUUGGUACCGAGUUCAAGAUUUGGCUGAGUCUCCCUCGCGGCCACAGGAACCCUUCUGCGGUCGAGGAGACGAGGAUCUUGAGACAAAUGCAGAAGCAGGUCAAAGGCCUAAACUUGGCGAUGAUCGAGCCUGACUAUAUCACCGUUCACAAAGGUGACAAAGAUGUGCACUUCGAAAUGUCACCCAAAAUGACCGUGGAGGGAUCAAUGAAGGCCUUGGCUGGCGAGUGGUUUAAGAUGAAUGUCACCACUGUCGGAUCCAUGCAAGACCAAGCCCCCGAUUUCUUCAUGUACCCGGAGCCCCCGCCCAUUGACUUUUUGUUGGACUAUCAUGGCAACACAGGAACAGAUCGAGCGAUUCCGGUUAUCAUUCUAUGUAUGAAUGCGUUUGAGGCGGCCAGCCUUCGGGCAAAUGGGAUUCACAAGUUGACCGACAUUGGCCGGAUCAUUGAAGUGAUUGCUCAACCGUGUGGGCCACAGAAGUUGGCAAAAGUCUUGCAUCGCUCGAUGCAAAGAAUGAAAAUGUUGUCCGACCCGGCCAUCCGUGCAGGAUCUAGUCAUAUCCCGCUGACCACCAAUCGAACGGAGGCUCUGCGGAAAUUCCGUGAGCCCCCAGCGGAUGAUGAGCCUAAGGGGGUUCCUCCAUCCCCCCCGCCUCAUAUUUCAACCAACCGGGACCUGACAAUGCAGCAAAGAUCCGAGUCGGCAAAGCAAAAUAGCUCUAGUACACCAGAAACAGAUGAUCAGGCUCAGGAAGAGAACAAGCCCAGUAUGGCCGAUGAUCCAAAGAGUCAGUCGUCGCGUGUGCUGGUCGUGGAUGACAACAAGAUCAACCUCCAUCUUCUUGAGGCAUUUGUCUUGCGGACCAACCACCCACAUGAAUCAGCAUCGGAUGGGGCCCAGGCAUUGGAGGCGUACAAGAGGAGUGCGACGGAGAAGGGUGGUGCUGAAAGGUUCAAGCACAUUCUGAUGGACAUAUCGAUGCCAGUAAUGGAUGGUAUCACCUCCGCCCAGGAGAUCAGACGAUUUGAGAAAGACCAUCAAAUUGAACCACCUGUAAAAAUCAUCGCUUUAACGGGUCUGGGGCAAGAAGAUGCGCAAGGUGAUGCAAGCCGAGCGAAAUUUGACAUGUGGUUGAGCAAGCCUGUGAAGUUUCGAGAUUUGCAAAGACUGCUUGAGAAUGGACUUAGACCGUCAGACGGGGUGGACCAAUGAUGUCGUGCCUCAGGGUAGGCUUUUGAAAGCCGCUUGUACUAUCAUCUAUAUCCAUCAGAGGCUUGGUGAAGUCCGCCUGGGAAUUUGGGUCAUCAAACAGAUUUGGUGUUGUGUUGUGUUUGGUGGUAUUUUGUCCUCUGAUGUGUAUCUAUGAGAUAAGAAAUGUGACGAUCAGUGGAAUAGUCAAAGGGGGCUACAACAAACGAACGAAACAACAGUGGGCAAAAUUCAGACAUCUACGGUUAGAAAUUUGAGGUUUGGAGGUUUUAGAAGCCCGAGGGCCUACUUAUUAGUGUGGGUUU